AUGGAUCCGCUGUUACAGAAACUCGUUGAUGAGUGGCUACGUCUCGAUCAAGAUGCCACAACUCGGUCAGAAAUCGAGAAACUCCUUGCUCAGCGCGAUAUAGCCGAACUUCAAUCACGACUCUCCAAGCGUAUUGCGUUCGGUACUGCUGGAUUGCGUGGGAGAAUGGAAGCAGGCUUCUCGCGCAUGAAUUCUCUCACCGUCAUCCAAGCUUCUCAAGGAUUGGCAGAGUAUCUUCUCAAGACCACUCCUGAUGCCAAAACUCGAGGCGUUGUUGUCGGAAGAGAUGCCCGCCAUAAUUCUGACAAGUUCGCCAAACUGGUCGCCGCUGCUUUUGUAGCCAAGGGUAUACAAGUCAAAUGGCUAGGCCAAGUACAUACUCCGCUUGUACCUUACACAGUCGGCCAUCUGAACGCAGCCGCUGGGGUUAUGAUCACAGCUUCACACAACCCGGCAGCCGACAAUGGCUACAAGGUAUAUUGGGGCAAUGGCUGCCAGAUUAUACCGCCACACGACGCUGGAAUUGCUUCCUCCAUCAGUAACAACCUGGAACCAGUGUCUUGGAAUAUGAAUAUCCUCGAACAUGAGGACCCUCUUGUGACCGAUGCACUUCAAGAAGUCGAAGCAGCCUAUAUGGCUGCAGUAACCAGCAUUGCAUCAAUCUCAAACCCAGAUGCUGCCCUUCCUUUUGUCUAUACACCUAUGCACGGAGUAGGUCUUCCGUUUUUAACCUCGGUGAUGACUCAGCUUCGAUUGGGAGACAAGAUGCAUGUGGUCCAGGAGCAAGCCCACCCAGAUCCAGACUUCCCGACUGUGCGCUUCCCUAAUCCCGAAGAAAAAGGAGCUUUGGAUCUCGCUAAACAAGUUGCGGAUCACAACGACGUAAAGUUGAUCUUAGCGAACGAUCCUGACGCUGAUAGAUUCGCAGCCGCGGAAAAGGUUGACGGUGCGUGGAGGCAAUUGACUGGCAACCAGAUGGGUAUCUUACUAGCCUCUCACGUAUUGGAUACAUAUCAACAGAGACCAGGCGGUAAGGGGCUAGCGAUGCUAUCGUCAACCGUCUCCUCAAAAAUGUUGGCGGCCAUAGCAGCUGGUAGCAGUGGUUUGCACUGGGAGGAGACCUUGACUGGCUUCAAGUGGCUAGGGAACAGAUCCCGUGAUCUGCAACAGCAAGGCUACGACGCGCUUUUUGCCUAUGAGGAAGCAAUCGGAUACAUGUUCAGUGACGUGGUCUUCGACAAAGAUGGUGUUGCCGCGGCUGCUGUAUUCCUGGCAGCAUGCGAUCGAUGGAACAAGGAAGGCCUGUCACCGUGGACAAAGUACAAUGAGCUAUGCAAGAAGUAUGGAAACUUCGAAGAUGCCAACACCUAUGUCAUCUCACCAUCUUCGGAAGUCACCAAUGCAGUCUUUGAGCAGAUCCGUCAAGUCAAGCCUGCUAAAGUCGGAGGCCGCACUAUCCUUCGCUGGCGCGACUUGACGAUUGGCUUCGACUCUGCAACACCUGACAACAAGCCGACACUGCCAAUCGACCCAAGCUCGCAGAUGAUCAGUUGCGAGCUUGAGGGUAACGUAAACUUCACGGUCCGCGGAUCAGGAACAGAACCCAAGAUCAAGUUCUACAUCGAGGGCAGCGCUCCUACGUCGGAGGAGGCCAAGACUGCAGCUCACGAAGUACUCGACGAUCUGAUGAACGAGUGGUUCAAGCCAGAAGUGAACGGCUUGAAGAGAGAGUAA